AUGUUUAACGUCUCGUCUGUGCCACAGCCCGGACUUGGCGGACGUGUUUCCGGGGCAUUCGCCGCUUCCGUUGUUGGAGGUGGCUCCACUGUCAACGGAAUGAUGUUCUUCACCGCCCCGCGUGCAGACCUAGUUGAGGUCCAGUGGAAAGCAUGGGCUGAACUUGGCGUCCUGAUCCAAAAGGAAGCUGCAGCGGGGGAUGCGUAUGGUGCCUUCUGGACCUACCGCCGCUCAUACGCACGCAGCGGUUACUACGACCCUGUGGCCAGCAGAAAGAACCUGAAGAUCAUCACCAGAUACAGGGCCAACGAGGUUCUCUUCAGUGCUAAAAAGCACGCUGAGUCGGUCACGAUCCAACAAAGAGGCACAAAGCAGGAGAUUGUCCUCUGUGCCGGAUGGUUGCACACGCCACAGGUUCUUCAACGUUGUGGCCUCGGACCGAAGGACCUCCUGGAUGAAGCUGGCAUCAAGCAGAUUGACGAUCUGCCGGAUGCGACGGAUCUCAGGCCGAACCAUAGCUCACUUUACACAAAUGCGACCUUCGCAGCAUGGGCUGCUGGGCAAUGGCUUGACCAUAAGGGUCCCCUCUCAGUUGGCGUUGGGAACUCUCUAUCUGUCCCUUACCUCCCUCAGAUGAGCCCCAACUACAAGUCUAUCAUUGCCAAGGCGCAGGUCCAGAACGCUGCCAAGCUGCUGCCCUCUACCUACACAUCUGUGAACGUCAAAGGCUUCGUCGCGCAGCGUCAACUCCUCCUCAAGACCUUCAGCAAGCGUAACAACGGCGUCGUUUAA